AGUUUAUUUUUAAGGCACUAUUUGACUAAAAUCAGUAGUGAGGGGGAGAAGAAAGAGAAGAGAAAUAGAUCUGAAACCCCAGAAAUUCUCUUUCAAUUAGAGUUCUUAUCAUUGUAUCAUGAUCUAAUUGACCAUCUCUCUAUCUCUGUAUAAUACCCACAAAUACUAAAAACCCAAAUCCCCAAAAUGCCUAGACCUUAUUUUCAUAAGCUAAUUCUCUCUAAUACCAUUAGAGACAAGAAACUGAUGCUUUCUGAGUGUGGACAUGUGUGUGUUUUUAUUUGUAUGUGGGAAGCUUGAAAUUUGAAAGGCAAACUUUAUAUGGAUUAGAGACGAAACCCAAAUUUUUUUUGGGUGAAUUAGAUCAUAUAUUGAGUGAAAGGAGGAUACCUGAUAAUUUUGUCAAAAAAUUUGGAAAUGACUUAUCUGCUUUUGGGAGACUCAGUGUUCCCGGUGGUCCUGUGUGGCCUGUUGGAUUAAUAAAAGCUGAUGACAAAUUUUGGUUUCAUGAAGGAUGGAAGGAAUUUAUGGAGCGUUACUCAAUACGCGUAGGAUACUUUUUGGUCUUCAGAUAUGAAGGACAUGCAGUUUUCACUGUUCAUAUAUUCAAUUUGUCUGCUUCUGAGAUAAACUAUCAAUCUAAUGCUUUAAGUGGCAGAAGAUAUCUUGCAUUUGAAGAGAUGGAAGAUGAUGACUUUGUCGAAUACUUGAGCUCCUCAUCUCCGUACUUGGUUCCUAAUUCUAUGAAAAGUAAGGUUUUUGAUGAACGCCUUGAUCAAAUGACAAUUAACAAAAGUUACAAUCCUCCAGCAUUGCAAAAUUUGUUCCAUGAGUCUAAACUUAACUACAUAAAUUGGUCUGAUGAAGGGAACCUGCAAUUAUCAAAGGAUGCUAGUAUUUCACAUGCAACAAAUCAAGGUACACGAGAUGUUGGUGUUCAGUUUAAUGCAAUCGAGAUGAAAAAUUAUGCAGAUGAUGUGAGAUUUUAUAUUCCAGAUGGAGAAAUGCAAAAGCCUAAAAAACGGGGAAGGAAAAAGCUGAAAAUUGAUCCUAAUGAGCAGCAGCCAUCAGCUCUACAAGAAGAAGAAGCUGACAUGCGCUUUAGAUUUUACGAGAGUGCUUCAGCGAGAAAGCGAACUGUGACUGCUGAAGAAAGAGAAAGGGCAAUAAAUGCAGCUAAAGCGUUUGAGCCUAUUAAUCCUUUUUGUAGGGUUGUCCUGCGACCAUCCUACCUAUACAGGGGUUGCAUUAUGUAUUUGCCAUCUUGCUUUGCUGAGAAGAAUCUAAAUGGGGUUUCAGGAUUCAUUAAACUCCAGUUUUCUGAUGGGAAACAGUGGCCGGUCAGAUGCCUUUAUAGGGGAGGUAGAGCCAAACUAAGCCAAGGGUGGUAUGAAUUCACAUUGGAGAAUAAUUUGGGGGAAGGAGAUGUUUGUAUCUUUGAGCUGAUAAGAUCAAGGGAUAUUGUGCUGAAAGUUACUGUAUUUCGUGUUCUUGAAAGUGCUGGAUUUGUGAACCGACCUUGAAAUUAAAUAUCAGCUUUGCUAAACUAGACAGAAUCUGCUGGCUGGCAAAUUUCCGAAUUAAGAAACUUUGUCAAGUAACUCUCUUUCUGGGUGAUUAUCAAUGCUCUGGUUUUCAUAUUAUAGUAUUUAAUUCUUGUUUGAUGUUUAUAACUUUUCAGAGCAAACUAGUGGAACUUUCUAUUGUUUAGAUGUUUCAAUAGAUGAUUUUGUGGCUUUACUAGGGCUGUAAAUAGAAUGUUCAAUCAAGGGAUAUUUUUAACGGCA